GCUGGGGAGGCGCUGGCAGCGGGAGCGUCUCUCCCUGUCUGUCGCGGGCGGGAGAGGAGAAGGGAGGGGCGGGGAGGGGAGGGGGUCGGGGUCGCGAGGCGGAAUCCUGGUGCGCGGGCGAGGGAGCGGGCGGGCGCGCGCGCGCCCGCCCUGGCUCUGCGGUGUCGGGUCGGGACCAUGGUGGUAGCGGCCACUCGGCGGCCCUGGGCCCUCCUGUGUCUGGUGAUGGCCGCGCUGCGCUUCCCUGGGGCGGCCGCAUUACAGUGUUACUGCCAUCUAUGUACAAAAGACAACUUCACAUGUGUGACAGACGGGCUGUGUUUUACUUCAGUAACACGGACUGCAGACAAAGUCAUACACAACAGUAUGUGUAUAGCAGAGAUCGAUCUGAUUCCCCGAGACAGGCCGUUUGUUUGUGCCUUCUCCUCCAAAGAUGGAGUCAUUACUGUGCCUCACUGCUGUGACAGAGACCACUGCAAUAAAAUAGAACUUCUAAUUCCAACACCAGGCCCUACUCCAGGAAAACCAGCUUCUAAUCUAGGACCUGUGGAAUUGGCUGCUGUCAUAGCUGGACCUGUCUGCUUUGUCUGCAUUUCUCUGAUGUUGAUUCUGUAUCUCUGUCAUAAUCGCACUGUAAUUCAUCAUCGUGUGCCAAAUGAAGAGGAUCCCUCACUCGAUCGUCCCUUUAUAUCAGAAGGAACUACUUUAAAGGAUUUAAUUUAUGACAUGACAACUUCAGGCUCAGGAUCAGGUUUACCUUUACUUGUGCAAAGAACAAUUGCAAGAACUAUAGUACUUCAAGAAAGCAUUGGUAAGGGUCGCUUUGGAGAAGUCUGGCGAGGGAAGUGGAGAGGGGAAGAAGUUGCUGUGAAGAUCUUCUCUUCAAGAGAGGAGCGGUCAUGGUUUCGUGAGGCAGAAAUUUACCAAACAGUUAUGCUACGGCAUGAAAACAUUCUUGGAUUUAUAGCUGCAGACAACAAAGACAAUGGUACGUGGACUCAGCUGUGGUUGGUGUCAGACUAUCAUGAACAUGGAUCACUCUUUGAUUACCUGAACAGGUAUACAGUGACAGUGGAAGGAAUGAUAAAACUAGCUUUGUCCACUGCUAGUGGUCUUGCUCAUCUUCACAUGGAAAUUGUUGGCACACAAGGCAAACCAGCUAUUGCCCACAGAGAUUUGAAAUCAAAGAAUAUAUUGGUAAAAAAGAAUGGAACGUGCUGCAUUGCAGACCUAGGAUUGGCAGUUAGGCAUGAUUCAGCUACAGACACGAUUGAUAUUGCCCCAAACCACAGAGUGGGAACAAAAAGGUACAUGGCACCUGAAGUUCUAGAUGAUUCUAUAAAUAUGAAACAUUUUGAGUCAUUCAAACGAGCAGACAUCUAUGCGAUGGGAUUAGUGUUUUGGGAAAUAGCUCGGCGGUGUUCUAUCGGUGGAAUUCAUGAAGAUUACCAGUUGCCAUACUAUGACCUUGUUCCUUCAGAUCCUUCUGUUGAAGAAAUGAGGAAAGUUGUGUGUGAGCAGAAGUUAAGACCCAAUAUUCCAAACAGAUGGCAGAGCUGUGAGGCAUUACGAGUAAUGGCAAAAAUCAUGCGGGAGUGCUGGUACGCCAAUGGAGCUGCCAGGCUGACGGCUCUACGCAUUAAGAAAACAUUAUCACAGCUUAGUCAACAGGAGGGGAUAAAGAUGUAAUCCUGGAUUUGCUACCGAAGGAUACUGUAAAAGUCCAUAUCUGCACCAGAGUGGCGUGUUGAGAAGGUUAAUUGUUCUACCUCACUGAGGGAACAGAAGGAUAUUGCUGCCUUUUACUACUUCAUAGGAACGUCAUUUGUUACAAUUUUUGUGGAUGUGCUAAACAGUUGUGUAGUGUCCUUUCUGUGCACUAUGAACCUCUUUCCCAGGUUACUUACAAAAUGUUAGGUAGUGUAGUUUUAUUUUUAUUAACCUCGAAUUUUUUUAUAUGGGAAGUUGAUAGCUGGUCUUAAUUUCUAGUUAACUGUGCUGAAAAUAAGAGGUCACUUUUCAAAUGGAACUGGUUCACUAUAUUGUUCUAGAGUGCCUUGUUGGCUCUUUAAGCAACUUUAUUCCUGGCUGGUACAUUGGCUGUUCUGAGUCACUGUCACGGUUCUUUUGAUUCAGAUUGUGAAUGUACUGUUGGAGUACACUUUGCUAGCGAUUAAGGUAGUGUAUCUUUUGAACCUUGUUUUACAAAUUGACCUCCUUCAGUUAUGGGAACACCACAAUUUAUGCAACUGUACUUCAUACAUGGUUACUGGGCUUUUUUUCCACUUUUUCAGAAUACUACAUUGCCUUCAAAAUAGAUUGUAUUAUACUAGUAAGUGCCACUUUUGAGUCCUUUAAUGCAAAGCAGCAUGAGCGUACAAAGCCUAUGGUACUUUUGGUUUCAAAAAUAGAAGUUAAAAAACAACUGGUCUGUUGUCUAGCUAAGAUCUAAUUCAGGUGAAUAUGUAAUUCUUGGUAUACCUUUAAUUUUACCAAAAUCUGACUUCUGAAACCACAGUAGGAAUUUUAAACAGUUUAAGCUGGUUGAUUCAGUCAUAUUUUAUAACUGUCAUGAGUCAUAAUUAUAUAUGACUUUUUACCACUUGAAAAAGUGGUACUUCUGAAAUGCUUGAAGGACCUGUUUGCUUCAGAAAAGUAGCAAGAGGAGUAAUAUGUUCUUAAGAGAGAUUUUACUCCAUUAAGUAAAACGAUAAGCAUAUUUUCUGUGCAGUUCAGCAGCAUCUUAAGACUCAAAGAACAAUAUUUGCAAUUAAACGAGGAUGAAGUGCACCUGUAAUUAGGGGAAAAGUUAUUUAGGCCUUUGUACAAGAAAUUUCAAAGCUGCUUAUAAAUUUUAUGUGCAUGUAUUUAGUGUGUGCCUCAUACACAAAAAGUGGUGAACUACAGAAAGUGCUGAGCUGCGAAGUCUUUGGAUACUAGAGGAUUCCAGCAAUCCUCUUCAUAGUUACAAGAACAAAGUUUAUGGUGUCUUUAAAAAACUGAGAUUACCAAGAUACUUUUUUAAUUGCAGUUGUAGGGAAGAGUCUGCCCUUUGAUUUCAUUAAUGUCCAAACCACUCAGUAGUAUUUCAGUAUGUAAAUGUUGCUGGUAAUUAAUAUGCCACUUAAGCUACUCUCUGGAACACAUCAUUAUCCAUCCUAUUAUGCAACAUACACAACCUUAAUUCUGCUUCCUCUUUAUUCCUCAGCAUACACUGAGUGUUAUUCACAAAGCUGGUAGCAGUGGCAGGGUGGUUGCUAACAGAAGCAGGAGGUUGUGUUCUGUGGUCUGUGAUAUAUGGUAGUUUAAGCAGUAACAUGGACGGGUCCUAGUAAGAAGAGAUUACAUAGGUGACGUGAGAUCUAGUUUAGCAGUUUCCUGACUUUUGUGUUUCUCGUUUCUUAGUUUUUGCUUGGAGAUAGGUUUAAAUGAUGUGGGAAUUACAGACCUUCAGAACUCAGAAUAAUGAAAUGCUUUAUUCAACCAGUUUUAUGUAUGAGUUUGCUCAUACUGGAAAAUGGUGUAUGAGAGAAGAAGAAAUAAGUUUUUAGAAAACAAUCAAGUUUAAAAAUACGUGCAGAUGUCAUGUUUAUAUUUAUUUGGCGUUGUCUGACCAGGCAGGCUUAGGUGCUUCAGGCCUCCAUCAAAGCUGGAUCAAAAAUUACUUCAUGCAGGUAUUCCAAAGCAAUGAUGCUUUUGUGGGAGUGUACCACUGUGCACCACAGAGUUUUCAAUUAUUACUGUUUUUUUUUUUUAAUUACAAUAUUACUAAGCUCCCGAAUCUACCUACUUGUCAUGCUUCUAACAAGUUCAGUGUAUCUACAAAAAAAAUUUAAAGAAAAAAGUCAGUAUCAAAGUAGAGCUUAAUGCAUCUCCAUACUAAUUUCAAAGGAUUCCUCUUUAAGCAAUUUGUUAAUUUGGUGAAAUUCUGAAUUUUUCAUUGGCAUAACUGGAUCCUUACCAUAGAUAUAAAUGGUAUAGUUCAUACUUCAGAAUCAUCAGGCUACUGGUGUGCUUCAUAUCUUCAGUGUAAUCUUGAUGGUAACAUGAAAGCUUUCAGUAUAAUUCAUUAAAUAAUUUCACUUGCAGCUUUUUUUUUAGCACCUACAAAACCUGACCACUUAAGGUUUAGUUUUCUAAAAUACAAGGAGCAGUUCUGUUGCAUUUAAAAGAGAUUUUACUGCCGUUGAAUAGCAUCGUGGCAUUAUUCAGUCAACCGUACAGUGGUUUGUUACAUCUGUUUCAUCUCAACCAUCUAUUAGGCUUCAUUCUCCUGAAUUGCUAGCAACUAUUACAGAGUUCUGAUUUUUCACACUGUAAUAGAAGCAGGCAAAAAAACAAAGCACAGGAAGGAUACUUGGUACAGCGUGUGACGUUAGAAAUGUUGUUUUGAGACAACCUUAUUAUCCAAAUUGGAUUAAAGAACGGGAAAAUUCUGAAUAGAGCCAUAUAUAUCCUCAGUUCUGACACUACAACUUCAAGCUUUGUUCUUCUUUUCCAUUAUAUAAACCAAACACCUUUUACAAAGGCUGUGUCUGUAUAUAUUAUGUAACUUUAAAUGUUACCUGUGUAAGAUCAUAUCUUAUAUAUAUGGACACAGGUACACAUAAGUAUUUUUUAAAUUAAGAUUGUAAUAUCACCGAAUCUGCUCAUGGGAAUCCAGGGGGACCAAAAUAUUUUAUCAUUCAAAAUAUUAAUUUUGUAUCAUUUCAAGUAUAUACCAAAACUGUUUCUGAUUAAUACUGAUGCAAAUGUUUAUUGUAAAUAUUACAUGCAUUAUCUAUUCACUUAAGUUUUGUGGAUAUAAUCAAUUUGACACUUUAGUAGCAUUGAAGCCUCAGUUUGGUUUAUAGACUUGUGACCACGUGGAUAUGGACAUGGAGAAUAAGGAGCAUUGGAAAUGGUCUGAUGCUGAAAAGCCAGAAACAUUGGGUUUGGAAUGCUGGACUUUUUCAAGGACCUUCCAACCUUAAAAGAUGGAAUACUGGGAUGUUUCUCAAGCUGACUUUCCAAGUAUGACACGCUGUCAUCCUCCAGUGGUGCCGCUUGUAAUCCUAAGAAAGACUUUGUAUAUAGGUAAAAACAUUUUGGUCGACUGUAUAGGGGCAUGAAAGUGUCAAAUAAAAUAAGAGGCUACGUUAUUUUUUUCUGUAAUGGUUCUGAGUGUGAUUGUAACGAAAUUCACAUUUUAGUUAGUUACUUGUUUAUGUUGUGCCAUUGAAAUGAUUGCAAGGUGUUAGUCAUGUUAUGUUUAAAAAAAAACCUACAAAAAAGACCACUUCCCCAUAUCAGUUGCUUUAUACCCAAAUUACCUCUUCAAAGACCAAGGUACAUUUACCUCGUGUGUAUAUAACAUUUUAUAUUUUUCAGAACAUUCUCCAGGGUUGCAGUUACAUCUUUCUAUUCUGUGAUUCUGUAGAAAUAUUGGUAUUACUAAAUGUACAACUUCAGCGGUACUAAAUGUAUUAUCUGGUGCCCCAAAACACUUAAAUUUUAUGUAUUUUAUCAUCCUAGCAAGUUUCGUCUUUGUCACUGUAGCACCUGUCCUGACAUAGCUGUGUGGAUACUGCCUUGUAAAUUUUACUUUUUGGAUGAUUUGGAGAUCCUGUACAGAUGAGUAUCCCUUUUUAAAACUUUACAGAAUUGUGCAUUUCCCUUACAUUUCUGAAAAUAUGUAUUGUAUUUGUAGAGUAUGCAUUUCAAUGCAUUGUAAAUAGCACAGUAGAAGAGUGGAUGCUUAUGUUAAGUGCUAACACUACAGUAGAGAGAUUAAAGCAGUGAAAUAAAUAACUUUUUU